UCAAAUCACUAUGGCCUAAUUUUUCAGGCGAAUUGUCGACAGCCAACCGGGCGGUCCCGUCGAACUAAUUACCAUACGUUAGGGGGCGGUCUUGCCUCAGAGAAAAUUGUCUCAAAAAUUCCUCGGUGCUGAGACCAGGCGUUGCCUUGGCGAACUGGUCGAUCCUGUAAACAUUUCUCUUGAGUCGCACUUUGUAUCGAAGCAGCCAUUCGAUUCGUUCUGUACACACGCUGUGUAGUCGGUCGCGCAUAUCCUGCCCUCGCUAGAUUCCGCAACCCACGUGGCUGCUGUAGAAAGCACCAUGUAUCCUGCCAUCGUACUCGUGUCUUUUGCUGUGAGUUGGGCGAUACAGGACGUUAUCGCUCCCGUGUUGUCAGCCAAGCUGUCGUCUGCGUACCGCAGUCUUUCUGCCAAGGAUAGGGUUGACUGGGACAACAGGAUCCUAUCCACCUGCGCCUCCAUUGUGCUGGGAGCCAUAGCCUUGUGCGGAUUUCUCAGGGACAGCGGACUCAAGCCGGAUGUUGUCAGAUACGAGUCGCCCUACAUGAAAGUCGCGUGUGCAAUAGUGGUGGGGUACGCAGUUGCAGAUCUGAUCAUCAUCGCGGUACGUUACCGGUACCUGGCCACGCCUCUCAUGAUCCUGCAUCACGUGCUCACGGCGGCAACAUGCAUCGUGUGCGGGUUGAUGAGUCCUCUCGCCCACUUCUAUGGCAAUAUGCAGUUGUUAGCCGAGUUGUCAAACCCUCUACUGCACCUAAGGCGCCUGUUGACACUCUCUGGAUGGUCCUACACCUCCCCUCCCCACGUCAUGACCAGCCUGGCGUUCAUGACCACGUUCUUCCUGGUGCGGGUGGCGACCAUCCCGGUCUGCUGGUACGGCUGGGUCUACCUUCUCAUGCCGCAGCCGGAGUACGGUCGGGCCGAGUACGCCGCAGCCUGGAGGAUCGCCAUCGCGCUGGGCAUCGUGCUACACACCUUGUACUUGUACUGGUUCUACACGAUAUGCCGAAUGGCCAAACGGUCUAUAGAAUCGUUGCGAAAAGAGCUAGCGAAAACUAAGUAAAAAUAUAUUCUAUAGCCUCGUUUGCCAGGCGUUGGUCUGACCAUGCUGACAAAAGCGGGUUGGAAACUGCUGGUUAUCAGCCCGGACCAAUGCCCGGAUACCGAGGCUAGCGCUAGUAUCAUUGUAUAGAGACUUUGAAAAUGAACGGGUAUAUAUUUGGGUAUAUUUUUGUCAAUAUUUAUGAUAGUGAGAAGGGGCAACGGAUGUAAAAAUGUGAAGUAGCUGGUUGAAGUAGUAAUUGUCUUGAAAUUAUGUUAAAUGUCGUCGGAUACGUAUACUGACGGUGAUUGUGACUUCUCUCCAGCAACUUUCGGAGUAAUGUCUAAGCUUUGUACAAAUGGAGAAACCACAAUAUCCCCUUUCGUCACCCCCACAUGAUAUGGAAAGGUUUUGGGAUGAAAGCUUGUGUAUUGCUGUCUUUAUCAUGUCGGAAAGUUUCGUAAUGCGAGCCAGCUCUGGCCAGAUGACCUCACCAUUUUGAUGACGUAGGUUUAGGUGCCUCGUGUUUAGGUGACUUGCACCAAAUUAUGAUGUCUGUUCGUGUUGUGAGAAAUGCUACACGCACACUUUUGUCGGAUAGAAGUAUUGCUGCUUUAAAGUAUCAUGAACGAGGUAAUUAAAAAAAGGCAUGACUGAGUUUUAUGACUUUUACAUGUAGAUAUUGGCUCGAGAAAUAAAAGUCUGGGUCUCCUA